AUAUAUUAGUGCAGUGACUUUUCAGUUAAGGUGAAAAUUAAAUAAGUGCAGUGAAAAAAAAUGGCUCGUACAAAACAAACAGCCCGUAAAUCGACUGGUGGUAAAGCACCACGCAAGCAAUUGGCAACCAAAGCAGCUCGUAAAAGUGCUCCGGCAACUGGUGGUGUAAAGAAACCUCAUCGUUAUCGCCCCGGUACAGUUGCAUUACGAGAAAUUCGUCGUUACCAAAAAAGUACUGAAUUAUUAAUCCGAAAAUUGCCAUUCCAACGUUUGGUUCGAGAAAUUGCUCAAGAUUUCAAAACAGAUUUACGUUUCCAAAGUUCUGCUGUUAUGGCUCUACAGGAAGCAAGUGAAGCAUAUUUGGUUGGUCUGUUUGAGGAUACAAAUUUGUGCGCCAUUCAUGCAAAGCGUGUCACAAUUAUGCCAAAAGAUAUUCAAUUGGCCAGACGUAUUCGUGGAGAACGUGCUAAAAAAAUGGCUCGUACAAAACAAACAGCCCGUAAAUCGACUGGUGGUAAAGCACCACGCAAGCAAUUGGCAACCAAAGCAGCUCGUAAAAAUGCUCCGGCAACUGGUGGUGUAAAGAAACCUCAUCGUUAUCGCCCCGGUACAGUUGCAUUACGAGAAAUUCGUCGUUACCAAAAAAGUACUGAAUUAUUAAUCCGAAAAUUGCCAUUCCAACGUUUGGUUCGAGAAAUUGCUCAAGAUUUCAAAACAGAUUUACGUUUCCAAAGUUCUGCUGUUAUGGCUCUACAGGAAGCAAGUGAAGCAUAUUUGGUUGGUCUGUUUGAGGAUACAAAUUUGUGCGCCAUUCAUGCAAAGCGUGUCACAAUUAUGCCAAAAGAUAUUCAAUUGGCCAGACGUAUUCGUGGAGAACGUGCUUAAUUGAUUUGAAGAAGAUAAAUAUCCAAACGGUCCUUUUCAGGA